UUAUAAACUAAUUCCUUUCCUUACAAAAGCAUGGGACUCUCUUCAGGAUAUUUUUCAUUGUUGCUCGAAAAAUGGAGAAGAAGAUGAAGAUACUAUGCCUCCAUGGAUUCAGGACCAGCGGGAGUUUCCUCAAAAAGCAAAUUAGCAAAUGGGAUCCUUCUAUCUUCGCUCAAUUCGACCUGGUGUUCCCAGAUGGUCUUUUUCCUGCCGGAGGAAAAUCCGAGAUAGAGGGCAUCUUCCCACCACCUUACUUCGAGUGGUUCCAGUUUGACAAGGACUUCACUGAGUACACGAACUUGGAGGAAUGCAUCUCUUACUUGUGCGAUUACAUAACAAGAGAAGGUCCUUUUGCUGGUUUUCUUGGAUUCUCUCAGGGUGCAACGCUAUCAGCCCUUCUGCUGGGCUACCAGGCACAAGGAAAGCUGUUGAAGGAGCACCCACCCUUUAAACUGUUCGUAUCAGUAUCAGGGUCAAAGUUCAGAGACCCAAGCAUAUGCGAGGUUGCCUACAAAGAUGCCAUCAGGGUCAAAUCUGUACACUUUAUAGGAGAGAAGGAUUGGUUGAAACUGCCUUCCCAAGAGCUUGCUACCGCUUUUGACAACCCUCUCAUCAUAAGGCAUCCCCAAGGCCAUACUGUCCCCAGAUUAGAUGAGGUUUCCACAGAGCAGAUGCGCAACUUUACAGCAGAAGUAAUCCGAGAGAGCAUUGAGAAGAAGCAUGAACUGGAAAACGGGGAGGUGAAAGUUGAUUCCGAGGAGAAAAAACCAGAAGAAACCUGUAAGAUCAAUAACCAAGAAAAGAGUGCAAUGGACAUAAACAAGAGGGAACUCGAAAUUGCCGAGGCAGUCCAGGCCUGAAAAUCUCAAACCUGAAAAAUAAGUGUGCUCUUUCCAAUAGUUUAGCUCAAAUCAAUGGAUCCAGAUUGGUUUGUGUGUGGUGAAUGCGUUUUGUUUGGAAUGGAUUGUCCUCGACUCACAUGCCUUCCAUGUAUAAGUACAAUGAAUAAAAUGUAGCAAGUAUUAAAAGAAAAAAAAUCCGAGCAAUGUGCUUUACAUAGGUCUGAUGGAGAUAUUUCAGAUGUGCUGUGGGGUCUGAAUACAAAUCCUACAAUCUUUGUUGUCCAUUGUUUUAUGUAGAGAUUUUAGAAGUAAACCGUCUAUAUACAGUUUAUCUGCA